CAAGUUUCCCGCGCUCGACUGAUCAUUCGGUGGACAGUUCAAGAUGGCGACUAGAAUGAAAGUGACCUCCAGUGUCAUAGAACAGUUUGUCAAUGUUACAGGAGCCUCUGAAGAGAUUGCAAGAUCAAUGCUGGAAGCUUGUAAUGGAAACUUGGAAAUGGCGAUCGAAAUGCACUUAGAUUCGUGCGAGGUUCCCGAAUCAGGAGUCUCGGGUGCUAGUUCUUCCGCGACCAGAUUAAAUUUUGCAGCUGGGUCUUCAAGUAAUUCUCAUCAAAAUGUUGAUGAUGUACGGGCUCCUAUUCCUCAGACCCAUGGUAUUUUAGUGGAACCAUUUCAAGCAUAUCCAACCAGAAAACGACAAGCUAAAUCAGUGUUUGAUGCAUUCCGAGAUUUUCAAGCUGAAGCAAGACAACAAGAAAGUGCUAGCACUUCCUCUGUUAUGACAGGAAAGAAGAAAACACUACAUGAUUUAUUCCGCCCACCAAUUGAUCUCCUACACAAAGGAACAUUUGAGACUGCUAAAGUUGAUGGCCAGCAUCAUAGUAAGUGGUUGUUAGUGAAUGUCCAGGAUGUGCGAGAAUUUUCCUGUCAGCAGUUAAACAGGGACGUGUGGAGUAAUGAAGCAGUGAGAAAUAUUAUUAAGGAGCGCUUUGUUCUUUGGCAGGUGUACAGAGACAGUAAUGAGGGAGAUCGCUUUAUCCAGUUCUAUCAUGUGACAAAAUAUCCCUUUUUAGCUGUUCUUGAUCCUAGGACAGGGGAGAAACUGGUAGAAUGGGGUUACAUGGAUGCUCAGGCAUUUUGUGAAUCUGCGGCAGAAUUUCUUUUACAACAUCCUUCUCUUGAAGGAGACACUCCACCAGCUAAGAAAAGAAGAAGUGAAUCAAUCGUAGAUGCCUCUGAAGAUUCGCAGCUUCGUGCUGCCAUAGCAGCAUCAUUACAGUGCACCAAAUUUGAAACCAAAAAUGACGAGAAUAGCGAGGAUGAUGACGAAGACUUUGAGGAUUUAGAAUUUAGUGGUUCAGAUUCUGACGAGGAACACAAAACACCAGCAAAGAAUGUAAACAAUUCAAGUACUGUUGAUAAAAAAGAUGUGAAAAGAGGAAUAAACUUUGAUGAGCCUUCCAAUAAUGGCGAAGGAACUUGUAUCAAAGGGAAGGAAUCGCCGGAAAGUGAACUCUUGAAAAAUAAUGACUCAGUGAAGAGGAAAAAUAGCACAGGAGUGGAAGAAAGUACGCAAAAUCAUUUGGAGAAAAUAGAGGAAGUUAGGGAAACUGAAUCUGAAGCUAAGGAAACAGACAACACUUCAAACCUGAGAACACAAGAGCAGGCUGGACCUAUGUGUAAUAUUAUGGUCCGUUUUCCGAAUGGCUCUCGUACCCAUAUCUCUCUGAGUGCCGAGUCAUCUUUGAAGGUGAGGUCUGAACAAAGACAAGACUUUAAGCUUGUUAAAAAAUUAACCCGCAGAACAGAUGCUUUCCUUUCACUUUAACUGGUUACUCUAAAUUUUUGUCGGUGCAUUUUUACAAGCUGCGCUUUUCAAAUCUGAAGAUGCAUUUUUGAAUUUUUGAAGGGUACAACUACAUUUUAAGAAGGGAAAACCAGUGUGUGUUCAAAGUGCAUCGUGUAGUGUGUAGGAUAAACCGUGUUCUCUCUCAUCGCUUCGUAAACCAUCACCUAUGGAGAUCGAUGCAAAAGUUUCUCUAAUGUACGUUUUAUUCUGACGGACUUAAUUAACGAUCUUGAUUAGGUAACUUAGCAAUUUUUUUCACAGGAUCUCGUCUUGUUGGUACAGAAAGAGGGUUACCCCAAUGAACGUUACGAACUCGUCACCAACUUUCCACGGAGGAAAUUGUCCAGCCUGGAUUUCGGGACGACUCUUAAAGCUGCGGGACUAUUCCCGCAAGAAACAGUUUUUGUUCAAGAGAGAUGACGAGUGUUAAAACGCUUCACCCGAGAAAGAGCGCGAUACGAAGAGGUCAAGACGCCAACAGAUUGGGCCCACGAAGAUAAAACGAACACUGCCGAAGAA